CAAGAAUGCCAGCUUGUAUUUCACAUGCCACUUCCUAAUUUUAUGAUAAAAUCUACAAAGGGUCUCACAACACUCCAUCAUCUGGCUAUGAGGGAAUUAUAAAAUCAGUUCUCCUCAUCGUCACGAUGGAUGUGACCAGUGCAAUGACUGGUAUUCAGCUGAUCCCUCCGUAUCCAUUCAUUAAUGAGUCCGUCAUGCUGAGUAUCACUGACUUUAAAUAUACAGUUCUUGGUGUCGCUUGGUAUAAAGGACCAAGAGCAGAGCAUGAAUAUCAAAUCCUAGUUUAUUUUCCUGAAAACUCAUUUUCAUUUCCUGGACCUAUGUACAAUGAAGGUAGCUUCACACAUUUCGCUAAUGGAUCAUUACUCAUCAAGGAUCUUCAGAUCACAGACGAGGGAACAUAUAUAGUGAAUAUAUUGUAUUCAGGGAAUGAAAAUGAGAGCCUAAAUGUGACUCUGACUUUGAAUGGGCCAGUCACUAAGCCUAUGAUCACAGCCUCUACCACUCAACCCAAGGAAAAUGACCCAUUCACCCUAACUUGUGUUAUCUCACGUGCUGUGCUGAUAACGUGGACCAGGCGUGGAACUCGCUUCUCCUCUAAAAUGAAAUUAACUGGCGAUAACAAGACUCUCACCUUCUCCAAGGUAAAACGAGAAGACUCAGGAGAAUACCAGUGUGAAGCCCAGGAUUCUUACCAUAAGGAACUCAGUGAUCCCUACAGUGUUAAUGUCGCCUAUGGCCCUGAUAAGGCAAACAUAGAAGGUACAUUAUUUGUGAGGCCUGGUUAUCCUAUCACAUUGUCAUGUUCUGCUGAUUCUUUUCCACCUACUGACUACCAAUGGAAAGUCAAUGACAAAAUAUCAGAGGAAAAGACAAACAAAUAUAGUAUAAGUAACGCUGUAACGGAGGACCAAGGAAUAUACACGUGUGUUGUGAGAAACCUGGUGACUCUCCGUAAUGCUACUGCUUCUGAAUAUGUGAAUAUCACUGCAGAAUCUAUCAUUCCAAUUUCAAACUCCAGUUCCUUAGGACUUAUCCUUGGACUUGCUUUCGCCAUAAUCUUAGGAGUUGUACUAAUUAUUAUCGGAAUUAUCUGCUGUUGGAAAUAUGUGACGAAGAGGAUGAAUGAGUCAUCGGAGAACAGACAAGAACCUCUCUGCAUUUAUGAAAAUGUGAAGAAAGAACAACCAAAGGAAGAAUCAUUUUAUAUGGGUUUGCAGUCUACAACUGAGGACAUAUACACAGAAAUGAAACCAUAAGAGACUACCAUCGCUCUCGUACAACAAUAUACAGUAUGUAUUAUAUGUAUUCGCAGAAGUUAAUGAUGACCGGAGCCAAAUCUGAACACUGACUGGAGUCCACCCUGACCACCAUCGUCUUCCCAAGUCAUAUGUGGGUCUAGAAAGCCGUCACUUCAUUUUACUUGUAUAGGCUAAGGAACAGUUAAAAGGAAAUAUGUAACCUAGAUUUUUUUCUGACAGUUAAAACCAGAUGGUGACUAUUU